AUGGCGGCGGGCGUGCUAGAGGAUGCGGAGCUGCGUGAGGCGCAGCGCGACUACCUCGAUUUCCUGGACGAUGAGGAGGAUCAAGGGGUGUACCACAGCAAAGUGCGGGACAUGAUCAGUGACAAUCAGUAUCGCCUCCUCGUCAACAUCAACGACCUGCGCAGGAAGAACGAGAAGAGGGCCAACAGGCUCUUGACCAAUGCCUUUGAGGAGAUGAUUGCCUUCCAGCGUGCUCUGAAGGAUUUUGUUGCCUCUGUUGACGCUACCUACGCCAAGCAGUAUGAGGACUUCUACAUUGGGCUGGAAGGCAGCUUUGGCUCCAAGCACGUGUCACCACGGACGCUGACAGCUUGUUUCCUCAGCUGCAUUGUCUGUGUGGAAGGCAUCGUGACAAAAUGCUCUCUGGUUCGUCCAAAGGUGGUCCGGAGUGUCCAUUACUGCCCAGCUACUAAGAAGACUAUUGAGCGCCGCUACACAGACAUGACUUCCCUGGAUGCUUUCCCAUCCAGCUCUGUCUACCCUACAAAGGAUGAAGAGAAUAACCCCUUGGAGACAGAGUUUGGCCUCUCAGUCUACAAGGACCAUCAGACCAUCACCAUUCAGGAGAUGCCUGAGAAGGCACCAGCAGGGCAGCUGCCACGCUCGGUGGAUGUCGUUCUGGAUGAUGACCUGGUGGACAAGGUGAAGCCUGGGGACCGCAUCCAGGUGGUGGGGACUUACCGCUGCCUGCCAGGAAAGAAGGGGGGUUACACUUCAGGGACUUUCAGGACAAUUCUCAUUGCCUGCUACGUGAAGCAGAUGAGCAAAGACGUUCGGCCUCUCUACUCUGCUGCUGAUGUGGCCAAGAUCAAGAGGUUCAGCAAGAGUCACUCCAAGGAUAUCUUUGACCAGCUGGCAAGAUCCCUGGCUCCCAGCAUCCAUGGGCAUGAGUACAUCAAAAAGGCCAUUCUCUGCUUGCUGCUUGGAGGGGUGGAGAAGAUCCUGGAGAAUGGGAGCCGCAUCCGAGGAGACAUCAACAUCUUGCUGAUAGGAGACCCUUCUGUUGCCAAGUCUCAGCUGCUGCGGUAUGUGCUCCACACCGCGCCCCGCGCCAUCCCCACCACUGGCAGAGGCUCCUCUGGUGUUGGCCUGACUGCUGCUGUCACCACUGACCAAGAAACUGGUGAGCGGCGCCUGGAAGCGGGGGCCAUGGUGUUGGCCGACCGGGGGGUGGUGUGCAUCGACGAGUUCGACAAGAUGUCCGACAUCGACCGCACGGCCAUCCACGAGGUGAUGGAGCAGGGCCGCGUCACCAUCGCCAAGGCUGGCAUCCACGCCCGCCUCAACUCCCGCUGCAGCGUCCUGGCUGCCGCCAACCCCGUCUAUGGCCGGUAUGACCAGUAUAAGACACCCAUGGAGAACAUAGGCCUGCAAGACUCCUUGCUGUCCCGCUUCGACCUGCUCUUCAUUGUGCUGGACCAGAUGGACCCUGACCAGGACAGGGAGAUCUCAGACCACGUCCUGCGCAUGCACCGUUACCGCAACCCCAACGAGCAGGAUGGGGAUGCCAUGCCUCUGGGCAGUGCCGUGGAUAUCCUGGCUACGGACGACCCUGACUUUGCUCAGGAGGAGGAGCAGGAGCUCCAAGUGUAUGAGAAGCAUGAUGACCUCCUGCAUGGGCCCAACCGCCGCAAGGAGAAGGUUGUCAGCAUGGAGUUCAUGAGGAAGUACAUCCACGUAGCCAAGAUGAUCAAGCCUGUCUUGACCCAGGAGUCAGCGAGCUACAUAGCGGAGGAGUACUCACGCCUGCGCAGCCAGAGUGAGAUGAACUCAGACGUCGCCAGGACGUCCCCCAUCACGGCUCGUACCCUGGAGACCCUGAUCCGCCUCUCCACGGCCCACGCCAAGGCCAGGAUGAACAAGACAAUUGAUUUGCAGGAUGCAGAGGCAGCUGUGGAGCUGGUGCAGUUUGCCUACUUCAAAAAGGUGCUGGAGAAGGAGAAGAAGCGCAAAAAGCGGGCAGAGGAGGACUCUGAGACUGAGAAGGAGGAGGAUGAGCAGUCACAGCCCAAGGAGGGGCGCAGGAUGAGGAGGAGAAAGAAGGCACGCACAGAAGGGGAGGGAGACUCAUAUGAUCCCUAUGACUUCAGUGAUGCUGAGGAGGAGAUGCCGGAGGUCCAGGCACACACUCCCAAGACUCCAGAAGCCUCAGCUGCUGGCGAAGCGAAGAAGACGGAGUUGGCUGAACCAAGGUUGAAAGCAUUCAAGGCUGCCCUCCUGGAGGUCUUCAAAACUUCCCAUGCCCAGUCUGUGGGUCUGAAGAACGUGAUGGAGUCCAUCAACCGUGACAACCCUGAACCCUUCUCUCUGGCUGAAGUAAAGAUGGCACUGGCACACAUGCAAGAUGACAACCAGAUCAUGGUGUCUGAUGACAUUGUCUUCUUAAUCUAA